AUGGACUCGUCUGAGAAAGAGGGAAGCGGGGCAACGGGCUCUCUUCCUCCUCCCCCGCCUCUGCCUCCCAAUGUGGCACCAAUCAAAGCAGAAUAUGAACCUGCAAAGAAGGUUUUACGUGUCCCAAUGGCCAGGAAAGGUCUUGGAUCUAAAGGGCAGAAGAUAUCUAUUCUCACAAAUCACUUCAAAGUGAAUGUUGGAACUGUUGAUGGGCAUUUCUUCCACUACAGUGUUUCUCUUUCUUAUGAAGAUGGUCGCCCAGUGGUUGGGAAGGGUGUUGGAAGAAAGGUGAUGGAUAAGUUGCAUGAGACCUACAGCAGUGAGUUGGCUGGAAAGGACUUUGCGUAUGAUGGGGAGAAGAGUUUAUUUACUGUUGGUCCUCUCCCAAGUACCAAGCUUGAGUUUCCUGUUGUGCUUGAGGAUGUUACAUCCGACAGGAGUGCAAGCCCUGAUGGCAAUGAAAGCCAAAAAGAGCGUGAAAGGAAGAUAUUAGGACGUAUGCACCCGCCAAAGACAUUUAACGUGGAGAUUAGCUUUGCCGCAAAGAUUCCCAUGCAAGCCAUUCAAAAUGCUCUGCGUGGACAGGAAUCAGGAAACUCACAAGAAGCCCUGAGGGUGCUGGAUAUCAUUUUACGGCAGCAUGCUGCAAAACGGGGAUGCCUACUUGUUCGCCAGUCUUUUUUCCAAGAUGAUGAAAAUAAUUAUACAAACAUUGGCCGUGGUGUCCUAGGUUGCAGGGGAUUCCAUUCAAGUUUCAGAGCUACUCAAGGAGGCCUUUCCCUGAAUAUUGACGUAUCAACUACAGUGAUAUUUCAACCUGGUCCAGUAUUGGAUUUUUUACUUGAGAAUCAGAAUAUGAGAGAUCCUCAGUACCUGGACUGGAGCAAGGCUAAACGAGUGCUUAAAAAUCUGAGGGUAGAAGUCAGACCAUCCAAUCUGGAGUACAAGAUUACCGGAUUGAGUGACCUUUGCUGCAAAGAUCAGAUGUUCUCAUGGAAGCAGAAAAGUACGAAGAAUGAGAAUGGUGAAGCUGAGACCGUGGAGAUUACUGUUUAUGAAUAUUUUGUCACCCAUCGCAAGAUACAGUUGGCUUAUUCUGCAGAUUUGCCAUGCAUUAAUGUUGGCAAGCCAAAGCGGCCAACAUAUAUUCCUUUGGAGCUGUGCACUUUGGUGUCGUUGCAACGCUACACAAAAGCGCUAUCCACUUUCCAAAGAGCUUCGCUGGUCGAAAAAUCAAGGCAGAAGCCUCAAGAAAGAAUGAGGCUCUUGUCUAUUGCUUUACAUAACAGUAAUUACGGUGCUGAACCAGUGCUGCGUUCAUGUGGUGUUUCUAUCAGCUCUAAUUUCACCCGAGUGGAAGGCCGUAUUCUGCCUCCUCCGGGGAUAAUAACGGGCGAUGGUAAAGCUUUCGCGCCUAAGAAUGGGCGAUGGAAUUUCAACAAUAAGAGAUUUGUGGAGCCAACUAGGAUUGAAAGUUGGGGUGUUGUUAACUUCUGGCCACGUUGUGAUGUAAGUCGACUUGUGUUGGAUCUGAUGAGAUGCGGAGAAAUGAAAGGAAUGCAUGUAGAUAGACCAUUUGGUGUGUACACAGAGAAGAAUGAGAACGGACGUCUCUCUCCUGUGGGUAGAGUGGAUAAGAUGUUUGAUGAGAUGAAAUCUGAAAGUAAUGUCUCUCCACGGUUCCUUCUUUGUGUGCUGCCUAACAGGAAAAAUUCUGAUCUUUAUGGUCCAUGGAAGCGAAAGAAUCUUGCCGACUCUGGCAUAGUCACUCAGUGUAUGGCUCCAACUAAGUUCACUGAUCAGUACCUUACGAAUCUGCUUCUCAAGAUUAAUGCAAAGCUUGGAGGACUGAAUUCAAUGUUAACAAUCCAACAACCACGUCCAUUCCCUGUUGUUUCAAGGGUUCCAACUCCAAGUUCUAUGAUCCCUGUUGUUUCAAGGGUUCCAACCAUGAUCCUUGGUAUGGAUGUGUCACAUGGCUCUCCUGGGCAGUCUGAUGUCCCGUCAAUAGCUGCGGUGGUUAACUCCAGGCAGUGGCCCUCCAUUUACCGCUAUAGGGCAUCUGUCCGGACACAGUCACCCCGGGUUGAAAUGAUAGAUUCACUAUUCAAACGAGUGUCUGACCGGGUGGAUGGAGGUGUUAUGAGGGAGGCUGUCUUUGACUUUUUUAGAAGCUCACGACAGAAGCCUCUUCAAAUCAUCAUAUUCAGGGACGGGGUCAGUGAGUCACAGUUCAAUCAAGUUUUGAACAUUGAACUGGAACAAAUUGUUGAGGCUUGCAAGAUUCUUGAUGAGAAUUGGAACCCCAGGUUUGUGGUCAUCGUAGCACAAAAAAAUCAUCGUACAAGGUUUUUCCAGCAGGGAUCUCCAGAUAAUGUUCUGCCUGGAACCGUGAUAGACAACACAGUUUGUCAUCCACAGAACAAUGACUUUUAUCUAUGUGCACAUGCCGGAAUGAUUGGAACCACAAGGCCUACCCAUUAUCAUGUUCUCUUAGAUGAAAUCGGAUUUUCAGCUGACGAACUGCAAGAACUUGUCCAUUCUCUAUCAUAUACGAAUCAAAGAAGUACCACUGCCAUAUCUGUAGUUGCUCCUAUUUGGUAUGCGCAUUUGGCAGCUUCGCAGUUGGGGACUUUCCUGAAGUUUGAUGAGGCUCCUGAGACAUCCUCAAGCCAUGGUGGGGUGACUGCUCCUGGAGCCAUACCUGUUCCGCAACUGCCGUGGUUGAACAAGAAUGUCUCCGAUUCUAUGUUCUUCUGCUGA